UAAUACUAGUUUAAGCUCAAAUAUUACCACCCUUACCAAAAAUAAAAAAACAUACGUGGUCACUCCAUAUUUUAUAAAAAAACUGGACGAUGAUUCUUUAGUUACUUGUAUUAUUUGCAAAAAUUCAUUUAGCAAAAAAAUAGCAACAGGCACAUUACGCAAGCAUCUUGACACACAACAUCCAGGAUGGAAUACAAUUGAGAUUUUUGCAUUUACACAAAUGAUUGUUUCGGACACCUUACCUUUUUCAAUAGUUGGAAGCAAAGCAUUAAUCACUUUGUUAAAAUUUCUAAAUGCCACUCUUGAAUUACUUUCACGUGAAACUAUCAAGUCAAUCGUACAUAAUUCUUUUAUUUCAAUGAGAGGUGAUGUUCAAACUCUCUUUGAACAAAUUUCUGGCCAGAUUUCAAUAAUAUUAGACUUUUGGACUUUCCAUGCAAAUAUGCCCUUUCUUGGUGUUACUGCGCACUGGAUCAACAAAGAUUGGAACCUUAAAAAGAUAUUAGUUGAUAUGUGCAUACUACCACACCCACAUACUGAUUUUAAGGAAAUUGAACAGUCAGUUGGCAAAGUUUAUACAUCUAUGCCUAUGAUGAUAGCAGCAGUUAUGAGGUGUCAUAGUAAUCUUGUCUAUUAUAGGCUUAGUCAAGAAGAAGAUUCUGAUCUUCAAGCUGUAAUCUGGUUUUUACAACCGUUUUAUGAAAUUACAAAUAUACUUUCUGGUAGUACAUAUGUAAUAUUGGGCCUUUCCGCUUUAUUAAUAGAUGAUAUAAUUGAUGUUAUUUUAUCAUAUAUUCAAGAUUUAUCAAGUCCCCAAUUUCUUAAAACUGCUGCAACACAAAUGAUGGAAAAACUUAAUCAAUAUAUAAAUCAUAUCUAUGACAAAGCAGCUAUUAUGGCUUCGAUUCUUGACUUCCAAAUAAAACUUGAAUUAAUGCUAGUUAAUAUGAACACACCAGAAAAUCAAGAUUAUUUUAGUCAGAUUUUUCAGAAGUAUUUAGAGUCUGGAUUAAAUAAUUCGCCUACUAAUACAACUUCAAAUUCUGAAAAAGUAUUAAAUUCGAUGACAUAUGUUAAAAAAGUUGCGCAAAAACGAUAUCAGCUUAAUGUCUUAAACAGUCCAAUGGAUGAACUUACCAAGUAUUUAAAUGAGGCUACUUUACCAAUAAACAUUAAUCCUUUGGAAUGGUGGAAACUUAACAGUUUUCAUUUUCUGGUUAUGUCACGAAUGGCUAAAGAUUUUCUUGCAAUCCAGGUGAUAUCAGUGCCUUCUGAACAAAUAUUCUCGAAGGCAGGUGAUACUAUCCAGGCUAAACGUGCAUGUCUUUCUGAAAAAAGCAUACAAUCAUUGAUGUGUACUGGCUCAUGGUUGGAACACG